CGACAUCCAGAAACGGCAGUAAACAUGCUAAUCUUCACAACAGCUGCCCCCGUGGCCGUGAUCCUGUGGUGUAUACGACCGCAAGAAUGGCUUACAAUGCCAUCUGGCAUCCACUAAAAAAGAUACCGGGUCCCCUCCUCCACCGCAUCACCCCAAUCCCCUGGCUCAUCAGCUGGAUCAGUGGAAUGAGCCACGUCACCCUACUCCAGCUCCACGAGCAGUACGGCCCUGUGGUCCGAACCGCCCCCAACCAAGUCUCUUUCAUCAGCGCCACCGCCCAGCAACAGAUCUACAGCACGGAGGCCAUCGGGCGGGACCCUCAACGCUUCGCGCGGUUCAUCGAAGGCGAACAAGACAUCGCCAACUAUGAGCAUGAGUCCGAUCACCGACGGUUCCGCAAAGCGAUAUACCAAGCAGUCACUGGCCCGGCAUUGUCGACGCAUGAAGGGGUCAUUCGCCGCAACGCGUCGGUCUUUCGGGAACGACUCGAUGCCGCCGUGGUGGGAGGCGGUGGUGAGGGUCGAGUGGAUAUGACCAAGCUAUACAGCUGGCUAACGUUCGACCUGGCCGGCGAUUUCAUCUGGAGGGAGCCCUUUGGCUGCUUGCAGAACAUGAGAACGCAUCCAUGGCUCGCGGUGAUGGAUUUCAUGAGCCUCGGGACCUACUUUCGCCUGGUCGGCGUUUCUCCUCUGCUGCAGAAGCUGAUCUGGGCGGUAAUUCCCAAGCGCAUCCGCGACUAUCCCCGCCAGCGCAAGAUCCUUUCCCCGACGGAGAUGGACGCCAAUCUGAUGGUGCUGGCUGUCGCCGGUAGUGUGACUGUUCAUUCUACUGUCUUGGCCGCCACAGCCUUCCUGGCGGCGCAGAGACAGUGCGCGGGUCGCGCGGGGGAGGAGGUGCGGGCGGCGUUUGCGCGGGAGGAGGACAUCGCCCACCCUGCAGUCACGAACCUGCCGUAUCUAAACGCGGUCAUCAUGGAGGCCUUUCGGCUGUGCCCUGCCCAGCCCACUUCAGGGCCGAGAAAGACAAUCAUUCGAGCCCCCCAAUACUGCAGCGGAAGAUACUCUCGGUUCUUCCGGGACCCACACGAGUUCCAUCCUGAACGGUGGCUCGAUAGUCCGGAAUACAGCUCAGAUGAUAAAAGUGUAGUGCAUCCGUUCCUGCUGGGUCGACAGAGCUGCCCGGGCCGGCAGCUGGCCGAGAUGGAGAUGACCCAUGUUCUGGCCAGGAUGCUGUGGGCGUUUGACUGGCAACUGGAAGAACCGGACUUUAACAUCUGUUCGUGGCGAAGCAGCAUGGUCUGGGAAGUUCCACCUCUGCCCUUACGACUGACUCGAUUAGAAGCAGCCAGUGAGUGAGCGACGUGUUCUGGCCGAGGUUGAUUCCUCAUCAUCUUGCGGGGCGUCGCGGCGAGAGGUGAGAUCACGCUCGGCUGUUUGAAUAGUACACGAUUGGGAUCAUUUGGGGAAGGGGUAUCCCACGUUGGCAGUUCGUGCUGACUAUUAUGGUUGAGAGAGCG